AUGAGUUUCAGGGAGGAGGGAGAAGAUGGGAGAGGGGAUCUGAGGAAGCCAUUUUUGCAUACUGGAAGUUGGUACCGAAUGGGUUCGAGGCAGUCCAGCAUAAUGGGUUCUGGUCAAGCCAUAAGGGACAGCUCUAUCUCAGUCUUGGCUUGUGUCUUGAUUGUUGCCCUCGGUCCAAUCCAGUUUGGUUUCACUUGUGGUUACUCUUCACCAACACAAUCUGCUAUUACCAAAGAUCUCAAGCUUACAGUUUCCCAGUUCUCUUUGUUUGGUUCCUUAGCAAAUGUGGGCGCUAUGGUUGGGGCAAUAGCUAGUGGUCAGAUUGCUGAAUACAUUGGAAGAAAGGGGUCUCUAAUGAUUGCUGCCAUUCCCAACAUCAUUGGUUGGCUUGCCAUAUCAUUUGCCAGAGAUAUUUCGUUUCUUUACAUGGGAAGAUUGUUGGAAGGGUUUGGUGUGGGAAUAAUCUCGUAUACGGUGCCUGUAUAUAUAGCCGAGAUAGCACCUCAAAAUUUGAGAGGAGGGUUGGGCUCGGUAAACCAGCUCUCUGUGACUAUUGGGAUUUUGCUUUCUUAUCUACUGGGAUUAUUUGUUCGUUGGAGAGUGCUUGCUGUUCUGGGAAUAUUGCCUUGUCUAGUAUUGAUACCUGGUCUGUUCUUCAUCCCGGAAUCUCCUCGGUGGUUGGCCAAAAUGGGAAUGACAGAUGAUUUCGAAGCUUCUCUACAAGUUCUUCGGGGUUUUGACACCGAUAUCACCCUUGAAGUAAAUGAAAUCAAGAGAUCUGUAGCAUCAACAAGUAGAAGAACGGCAAUCCGUUUUGCAGAUCUUAAACUCAAAAGAUACUGGUUACCACUAAUGAUAGGAAUUGGGCUGCUUGUCUUUCAGCAACUAAGUGGAAUUAAUGGUGUUAUCUUCUAUUCCACGACUAUUUUUGAAUCUGCUGGGAUCUCAUCGAGUAAUGCUGCAACUGUUGGUGUUGGUGUUAUUCAGGUUAUUGCCACUGCAAUUUCUACAUGGUUGGUAGACAAAACUGGGCGUAGGCUUCUGCUAAUUGUUUCCUCUUCUGGGAUGGUUCUUAGUCUCCUACUUGUUGCCGUUUCAUUCUUUUCAAAGGGCUUCGUAUCGGAGGAUUCUACUGCUUAUGGUAUAUUCGGAAUCCUAUCAGUAGUUGGGGUUGUGUGCAUGGUCAUUGCCUUUUCUUUAGGAAUGGGACCUAUUCCAUGGCUUAUCAUGUCCGAGAUUCUUCCUGUUAAAAUCAAAGGCCUUGCUGGAAGUGUGGCAACUUUGGCCAACUGGUUAUUGUCCUGGGUUAUCACGAUGACUGCCCCUUUGCUAUUAGAUUGGAGCAGUGGAGGUACCUUCACUCUUUUCAUGCUCAUGUGCGCUUUCACUGUGUUAUUUGUGGCAAUAUGGGUGCCUGAGACUAAAGGAAAAACUUUGGAAGAAAUCCAGUUCUCGUUCCGAUGA